AAACAUUAUCGAUCACAAACCAAAAUAAGCCAACAAAAUUCCAGAUGUUGCCUAAAUUUUGGAAAAUAUGCAUGACAGACAUUCGAAACUUCAGAUCCAAAUCAAACCGAAAUUGAAAUUUGUCAAAUAUCUAAACCGAAUUGAACACGAGCGGUUUUUGAGAAUAUGAAAUUGGGCAGAGCAAUUCAAACUCAAAAAUUCAACAAUUCCAGAAGAACUUUCUCAGAAAAGUUUCGACGGAAGAAAAAGCAAAACGAUGAACGUCACUCUUUUGGUCGCAGACGCCGUUUGGUCGAACAUUGAAUCAACCGGUUCAGUAACCGAAGAACAGCUCUCAAUCUUGCAGCUGUUGUUUGGUAAGAAUCUUGAGAAAGCCACCAGAAUAAUCGACAAGAGAGGCGUCAAGAAAAUAUCUGGCUUACCCAGUGGAAGAUCCAUCUUUCAGGUUGUGGGGGAAUCUCAGAAGAGAGAAGAGUAUCUCUGCUUCCCAGGAGAUUACUGUGGAUGUUAUUCUUUCUUCUAUGAUGUUGUAAGCAGAGGAGAGCACCAAUGUUGUAAACAUCAAUUGGCUGCGAGGUUGGCUUCUUCUUUGGGUACAUACAACGAAAUCGAGGUUUCUGAUGACCAUCUUGCCUUGAUGCUCUCAAAGAUCUGAAGCUUUCAAUACAACUACAUGUCUUAGGCUUAUAAGUGCCAGUAACCUGGGAAUGAUCUGUGUCUUUGAGAAUUAUAUGGAUCAAGAUUCUUCACAUGUUUGAUGAACAAUGUUGCUUCACCUUUUAUGUUUAACUUGCUGUAUAUAAGUCUUGAACUGCUA